AAGGGCAAAGCCUCUUUAAAGACAAGAGUCCAUAUCGGCUUAAAUAAAGAAUUUUCAGAAAAGUUCUUUCUCAACCAAGGGCCUUAUUCGGAAGAAAAUGCUAGAAGUGACAAACGACAAGAUGAUGCUGUCACAUCAGUAUACUUCGCGGGCCCUUCGAGCUAUUGUGAGUACGAAGAUCGUGGCCUUCAUCCCGACCCUGACCCUGUUGAUCAAAUGAUCGAGAGUAGCUAUACAUCAGUUAGUGAUGGUAGCGUGCACUCAAAACAUAGCUUGUUUCAGCGCUGUCUGAAUAAGGAAAAUUCCAGCUUUAGUAAUCGUUCAUCGAACCAAAGGACGUCCAUGGCGCUCAAAGAUUCCAGGGAGUCUAUUCAUUCUAUGCAUGUUAGAAAGGAAUCGACAGCCUUAUUAAGCUCGAUCAAUGAUGAUUUGGCGCAAAGUCGUUUAACCAUAUCCCAGGACUUAUUGCCUGAGAAGUCGUUUGCGAACCUAUCUAACAAUGGAAUGUCGCCAAGUCCUUUACCAGGGCAUACAACAAUGGAUGUCCUUCAAAAUACAGCCAUUGUGCCUUCAUCGCAAGCACCAGCUUAUCCUCAGAUCACUCAGACCGAUCCAUGUAUCUAUACAAAUGAUACAUGUCAUGUAGAUCUCGUUGGAUCCGAACAGCCUCUCAUAGCAUUGGCACCAAGUCUCAACCAUAGGGUGCUGCCAAAUGGUGCUGUGUAUAGGUACUAUUCGCCCUUUCUGGAAGCAGCACAACCCAUUGAUAUGUAUAAUACGCCUUUAGAAGAAGUUGUAGAUGAUACCCAUGACAGACCAAUCUCAAAAGUAUUAUUUCAGUGGCGACCCCACCGACUCUAUUGAGAAAU